AUGUCGUCCUCCGAUCGCAAACCUUCCAGCUCAUCCGCAAGUAGUCGUCUCUCCAACCGUCCCAUCGACCCAAUAACCCGCACCGCCCUCCGCUACUCCCUCAGCCCCCGCGAGUACGAACUCCUGCACCAAUACCUCAUCUCACGCACGCCACAACGGGUACAAAAACAGACACCGGACCCGAAACGCUACGAGAAGAUCACAAGGGCAAGUUCGGAGAACGGAGACUAUAAUGUUGCUGCCCUUCGAGCAGCUCUACGCGUAUUCGUGGGUGCUUAUGUGGGGCUCAAAGGGUGGGAAGUUGUGAUCGAGAAACUUGCUUCGAGACGAGGGGGCGGAGCGAAGAAGGUUGCUGGAGCUGUGGAGGGGAGUGUGUAUAGGCAUGCCAACGCGAGGAUCGCAUUGAGCUUCUCGACGAUUCUGUUGUUUCAUCGCUUGCUUGGUCGUUUCUUCCGACAACUGAGGACGAGUUUACUGGAAGAUGGGGCGGGACCGUUUAGGGAACGGAAUCCUGGUGUUGCGAAACUGCUUACUUCACAGUAUACGCCUGCGAUCGGUGCUUCGCUAGCUGGACUUUUCCUGGGUAUAGCACCUGCAGAUCAAUUGCGAAUGACGAUAGCUAUAUACGUCUUCACCCGCAGUCUAGAAUUCGGCUACAACGCCCUCGAGGACGGCGGCCCCUUGUGGCGUAAAGACGAGGACGGCAAGCCGCUCCGACCCUGGUGGUUCGGAAGCUGGCUCAUCAUGCCCUUCGCGUGCGGCCAACUCCUCCACGCCUUCGUCUUCGACCGCGAAUGCUUCCCCGAGAGCUACGGUCGCUUCAUCCUCCAACGCUCACCAGAAUACAUUCAACUCCGACCGAAGUCGUACCCGAAAGAUGGCAAGCCCUGGCCCGGAACGUUCGAUAUCGUGGACGGCUUGGCCGAGCUCAGCAAACUCCGCUGGCCGCCUUUCAUCUCUCCCAUUUUGUUCCCAAGUACCAAGCAGACUCUCCCUUCUGGCCCGGCGCUGGCGAAAGUGAGUCCGAUAACGGCGCCAGCGCAUCCAGGAAUAAAACACACAUCCUGCGCACUCCUCCACCCGUCAGAUCCGAGCUGCACAAGGACAUAUCUUAAAUACUGGGCUACUUCUUUUCCCACCGUCGCCCGUUUCUUCGCAUUGGUGUAUGGCGCUUUCGCCUUACUGGCAUACAAGAGCUUUCUGAAAGCUCCGGCGCCAUUUCUUAACCGCAUCUCCCGGCGCAUACUCCGGAUGUCAGUCUUCAUCACGGGCGCGAUAGGGACAAGCUGGGCGAGCGUAUGUUUCUUCUCCAAUACGCUCCCACGGAACGUUCUACCCACUCAACGCUGGUUCUUAGGAGGAUUCCUAGGCGGCCUUUUCGCUUUCGUGGCGAGGAGGGGGGAGAGAAGUAAUUUCCUGUAUAGCGCGCGAUUGUCGAUCGAUAGUCUGUACAAGGUUGGUAAGAAAAGGGGUUGGUGGAAGGGUGUUAGGCAGGGGGAUGUGUUGCUGUUUGUGGCGAGUCUGGCGCUGUUGAACGUGGUUUAUGAGAGAAGGGCGGAUGCUGUGAGGGGUGCGAUGGUUAGGAAGGCUUUAAGUAGUUUCAGGGGUGAGGGGUGGGUUGAUCGGGCUUUGGGUAAGAAGGAGGAUGGUGGUGUUGAUGCGGUUUCGAGUGGGGUUGAGGAGGGUAAGAAGGAUUUGUGA